AUGUGGACGACAUGGCUUGCAAUAAUCGCUUUAAGUAUAACGAUAUCUCAAUGCCACGAUGUACAGGAUCAGAACAUCGUUAAAACGAUUACGGACCAAGAAAUCAAUACGAACCGGGUAAAGAGAUUCAUAACCGGGUAUUUUGCACCUCAAAACAAGACAAAUUUACCGAGACAGAGUAACUUUGGCAAUUUUAGCGGAUAUAACCAGAAUACAACGCAACAUUAUGUGAAUCCGGUACAAAAUUACAAUUACAGCAAACCUGGAUAUUACCCUUAUAACGUAAAUCCUAGCACCGUCAAACCUGUUUACCCUAACCCGCCCGGAUAUAAUCAAUACCCGGGUAACUAUUCCGGAUAUCCUUUGCCAAAUCUACAGCCAAGUAACAUACCAAACUCUAGUGCAUCUUGGACAAGACCAGCUCAGAACAACAGCACCACCUACGCGGGUUCUAACAACAAGCCUGUAAACCCGAUCUACCCCGGAUAUUCUCAGUACCCAGCUAACUACUCCGGGUAUCCAGCACCGCAACCACAGCAAAGUAACAUUAAGCCUCUAUACCCAACACCACCCGGAUAUUCUCAGUACACGAGUAAUUAUUCCGGUUACCCGGCUCCACAGCCAAACAACAAGCCUUUAAAUCCUACACAAUACCCAGGAAACUAUUCAGGAUACCCUGCAUCACAUCCACAGCCAAGUAAUGUUAAUCCUCUUUACCCUACGCUACCCGGGUAUUCUCAAAAUCCGGGUAACUAUUCCGGCUACCCGGCACAGCAAAACAGACCAACCCCCAAUGCACCUUGGACGAGACCAGCUCAGAAUAACAGCGGCUACCCGGUUUUUAACGCAACUAUACCGGGAUAUAAUAAUACUGUAAAAUAUGACAAGUGUGGAAAAGACGCGACUGGCAUGGAUGCUUGUGUAAUUACUGCAGGCAAUGGUUGUCCAGAAGGGACGACAAGAUUUGGUGAGCGCAAUAAUUACGGCAUAAAGGACGAACCAAAUGGAAUGGACAUACGAGUACGAAGAAGUCUACCUGACACGGUAUCCGAGCCCGUUAUCCACACAGAAUAUGAAAACCAGGUCUUAGAAAGACCUAAAAGAUACGCCUAUUACAGAAAAAUAAAAAUACCAGUAAAUACACAAUAUAAUUACAAUACUACAAAUAGAUACGACAUUUUCAAUCCGAAUUAUAAUUAUCUAUUUAACAAGACCAAUAUAACCGGUUAUAACAACCGUCCGUAUAUAAGAUCAUAUCCGUACGGUUAUCCGCCUGGUUAUGAACCUCGUCCGGUUACACCCGGUUAUAGAAUCCCGAGCAACACGCCAAUAUAUUAUAACUAUCAGAAUCCAAACGGCCAGAGCUUUGCCGGAUAUAAUAGCUAUACGCCUAGACCUGUAAUCAAUAGCCCUUUGACGGAUAUGCUAGCUUAUUACCCUAAGAAUAAUGAUCAGAAUCCCAGGAACAGCUUCAGAGGCAGCAGUGGUUAUAACAAUAACAAUUUGCCUACAUCUAUCAACAAUGACCCAUAUGGAGCACUGUCAAACAAGAACAAUUUGCCUACAUCUAUCAACAACGACCCAUAUGGAGCACUGCCAAACAACAAUUUGCCUACAUCUGUCAACAUCAAUCCAUAUGGAGCACUUCCAAACAACAAUUUGCCUACAUCUAUCAACAACGACCCAUAUGGAGCACUGCCAAACAACAAUUUGCCUACAUCUGUCAACAUCAACCCAUAUGGAGCACUGCCAAAGAACAAUUUGCCUACAUCUAUCAACAACGACCCAUAUGGAGCACUGUCAAACAAUUUGCCUACAUCUAUCAACAACGACCCAUAUGGAACGAUGUCAAACAACAACAAUUUGCCUACAUCUGCGACUGUCAACAAUAUGCCUAAAGCAGUCUCAACAACGCCUAAUCCAAAUGUGACAACGCUUAGCCUUAAUGCGUCUACCACUACUACGGAAAAAAUGAAAAUAGUAACGUCUUGUAUAAUAGCAUGUAACAUUCGCUGUCCCGAGUUCAUGCGGAGGUUGGGCGCAUUCUGUGUUCCCGAUGACGAUUAG